AUCAGACGGCAGCUUUGCGUCUUUUGUUCGUUCUCGCGCACACCACAUUCGCCAACUGGCAGUCGAGCAGUGUACGUAGCGUGCGUCCGGACGGAAGCGUUACGGUGUAUUAUUUUAUUUUUUCUUGGUGCGCGGGGCGACGAGCGGGUUCGUCGUCUGCUUGCGUUGCUGUCUUUCGGUGCGAUCGCUUGUGCGGGGCCGUGUGGUGAGUUCGUUGUCGUCGUCGCCGUUGCGCUGGCGUUGCCCUUUCGAGUGCGGUGAGCUGUUCAAGAACUUUUUGCGGUGUGGUUCCCUUUUUUUCGUGCCCUCAGUGGAUGUGUACGUUGCAGCUCAAAAGUAGGCGCGCUUGUGUGCAAAAGCCCUGGCAAAGUAUCGUGGCCGCGUCGUGGUGCGUGCUGUGGUUUGUUUAACUGUACUAAUCCCCCUUUUGGUGGUUGACUUGCUUAGUGCUACCCAGUUUUGUGGCAAAGGUGUACCGGUUGUGGGCGCAUUACGAUCGUGCAAAGUGAAUGUUAGCAUCAAGAUCGAGCGACACCAGUCACGGCACGGGUGAAUGUGUACAGUUUGUGCAAAGCUGUUGUUGUUGUUGUGUGUGGUGAAUAUGAAAGACACUGUUUUUAGAUUAAACGAAACAUCGUGCUACAACUGAGUGGCAGCAGACGCAGAGGUUAAGAAAUCUGCGGUAGCCGAGCGAUAUUUGGGCUUCGUAAAGUAUAGUGCCUAUCUGUGCCGAGGAGACGGUUAGAAUUACGGUGCAAAAUACAUAGUUCGAUGUUGGUGAAGCGUGUGUUCGAAGGAAUCGGUGCAGUGUCUAGGCCAUGGUGUGUUGUAACGCAGUGAACAAUGCGCGAACCGAUAGCAACCGCAUCAGCGCUGACUGCCGGAACCGUGGUGGCGCCAUCUACUGCGGCCACAAUGUUUGGCAUCACGAACGCCCAGAUUGUGCAGUCGUUUAACGGGUUGCCUCCGUUGCAGGGCGAUUGUCCACCGGUUGGUCAGCCGUGCAUCGUGCGUACCGUAAGCCGAGCGUCAUCGAUUGGCGGUGCUGGGACGCUGAGUUCGCUCAAGUCGAUCGGUAGUAGCGGAGCCAGCAGCCCCGUUACGAGCGUCAAGCGGAACAGCUCCAGUUCGAGCUUCAGCAGCAGCAGUGAACGGCGAAGCGUGUUCUACACGGAUCCCGAGCAGAGCAGUACGACGGAAGCUGCGGAAAAGUAUGAUGUGAUGACGAAUGACGAUAGCUGCUCCACAUCAGAUGUCUGCACCGCGUUGAUGGGAACCGGAGCGGAUGGGGAUAAGGUGAGACGGCAGCGAAGUAUGCAGAGAGAACAGCGCGGCGAACCGAAGGACGAGAAUACGCUGCGACGGCUAGACAAUGGGCAGGUACGGCGCAAACAGCGUCCCUGCAGCAGCAGCACCUCCAUUGUGCUGGACGGUGGGGUAAUCGGUCCGAAGACUCACCUGAAGCUAGUCAGCCAGGAGCUGGAAUGGGAGCGGAAGUUUCGUGACGAUCAGCUGUCCCGCAUACUGAAGGCACUGAUUGCCUUCGAAACGCGGCUCAAGAACGAACAGAGCCGCAUUAAGCAGCAGCUGUACGAGAAGGAUGACGUUAUCAAUCGGCAGAACUGCACCAUUAAUCGUAUGAAGCGGAAGCUGGCUGCGGAUGAAGCGACGACACCGGGCGGCAGCGAUGGCGAGGAACCGACCGCACCGAGCGUCGACGAGGUGGCUCAGUAUUGUCCGAAGUGUCGUAAAAACUACUACCGGCUCGAGUGUCGUACAAGCGGAACGCAAACAUUCGAGUACUGUCGGGACGAUGGAGCGGAGAGUGUUAAUACGGAAAACUUAUCCCUGAAUAGUGUAGAGUAUGCGUCAUCGAGCGAGGAACAGGAGUCGUCACUGUACGUGCGGGCCAACUCGUUUAAGGAUGCACGCCGCAGCCGGAAGUACACGAGCAAGCGGUCGUACCAGGGCUAUCAGCGGGGACCGUCCCGAGCGAGCAGCUUUAAGAGUAAUGCAUCUGGCCCGGUUACCGGUACGCUGGCAAAGCUCGUCGAACGAAACGUUCGGAGUGGCGGUGUGCGGCGGCUGAGCGGACCGCGGGAAGAGGAGAGUGGCCACGAGGCGUACGUUAACAUAGAACCAAAUGCGCAUGUGCCUAAAAUAGUGAUCUACGAAAAUUACGAAAGCGACAAGGAAAAUAAGCGGAUGGAUCAAAACCGACAGGAGUGCGACAACAACUACGACAACGUAGAGCCGUACUCCAACCGUAUCGACUCGCUGCACGGUAUCCAUGGACGCAACAGUGGACGGUUUGCGAGCGAUGGGCAGCAAAAGCCACAGGAAAAGAAGCAGGAGCAGCAGCAGCAGUCGCCACGAAUGGAUGGACACGGCGAUUAUCAUCUGGUCGGGUCCAAGCGUAGCGAUGGUAGCGAACAGAUGGAGCUGGAUGACGGGACCAUCUUCUACGAAGCGAAUGCGAGUGCCGGAAGUGUGAGCAAUCAGCAAAAGUACACCGAAGGGAUGGAGAUGAAGCAAACGAUCGAAACGAAUGACGACUGGUAUGCGAGCGCCAGCGAUAUGGAGGACUCGGAUACGGCCCUCGGGAAACCGUACAGCAAUGCAGCUGUCAAUCCAGUGCUGGAGUGUGUCAAUCAGAUACUUCUUCAACAAUCGAUGGAUGGUUUUGGAGACAGCAACAAGGACACAGCCGGCGAGGGCACGGGUGAAGAGGAACUCUACAUAAAGGCACAGCAACCUUCACCACCACCGGUAAAGGAACCGACCGCCGUUCGCUCGAAACGGGUUCACUUUUCGACCCAGAACAGUAUGGUUCAGGUACCGAGGAUAUCGCUCCAACCGACGACAUCGGUGUCCAGCCAGGGCAGUGGGUCGUCCAGCCGGAAAGAUGAUAAAAUUUCGCCAACGUACGAAAUCCAGAGCAUCUACAGCAACGAGUACGAACCGAUCGGGUCGGAACAGAACUCGUACUCGAACUACUACGUCGACAUGGAGUCGAAGCUGGGCUCGGAGGAUCGUGAACGUGAGCUGGCGGAAAAGCGAAAAACCCCUCCGGCGCUACCACCGAAACCGGCCAAUCUGUUGAAGCUGCAGCAACUAUCCAAGGGCAAUCAUCAGCAGCGGCAAUUAGUGUCAUCACCGGCGAAAGGACGCAGUUCCUCCGCCCAGAGCGACAUUGCCGAAUCGGAGCCCGACUACUGCUCCAUCAGCGAAAUCCAGGACUCGGUAAAGUGUGUUCAGAUUGUGGCCGAAAUCCACAAGGACGCGUGCGAAGACGAUUACUCGAUAGUGGACGAGGAGGAGAAGGAAAAGCAGCAGCAGCAGGAAGCGGUGACCCGAGGAGGCGAGCUGGAGGAAACGGGCAGCAAGAAGAGUUGUUCCUCCGAGCUGGAGGAAUCGUUUGCCGACGUACCGAAACUACCGAACGUGGCGGAAAUAGUGCCCCCGAAGAAGGAGCCAUUAAACAAAUUCAUUAGCCAGGAUAAUUACAUUACGAAGUCGUCCGGCAGCAGUACAAGCAAGGCGAGCCAUUCGAGUGCGGCUGGCGUUGCAGUGCAUACGCCGAGCAAAAAGGAUGGCGAGUUUCGGGAACAGUUGUCGGAGAUUAUAGCCGAAAUCAACAAGCAGUCGCCCGCUAUUCGGAAUGCUUCGAAAAAACAAAUCCCGGUCAAGGAACUGAGCCCGGCUUUUCGAGGCGUUAGUCAAAUACCGAGCGUAACGUUUCAGUCAAAGUUGAAACCGGUGGAUAAGUUGAGUUUCCUUUCGAAAACGUCCACAACAGGUAUGGCCGGAUCGAUACCUAGCUUAAGCCACAAUACACCGAAGUUUUCCUCCAGCUCGAUCGCACGACCCUCCAUUAAGCCGUCCAUGCUGAAGUCGUCCCUCUCGACGAAGGCUCUCUCGAGUACGAAUCUCACGCUUGGCAGUGGCAUCAAUCCGUUCGGCAGUCCGGUGAAAUCGGUCUCGUACAUUCCAAACUUGAAGUCACCCAGUGUCAAUAGCCCGCUGGCUGGCAGCGGUACCGCCAGUGCCGGUUGUUCGCCCAUAAAAUCGUCCUCUUCCACCGUGAAGAAGGUAGCGAGUGCUAUAAACCUAGCGAACAGCUCAACCACACCUUCACAGACAUCGGUUCCUGUUAUUAUAGCCGAGGACAGUAAGCUGCCGAUACAGGCGGAAUUCGAUUGGUACAAUUUAGAUGCCGAAUACGGGAAAUCCAAUCAACCGGACGUUAUUGUGGAAGCGGAUCCAAGCUCAAACGGAGAGGCUGACGGUACGGGCGACGAGGAGGAGGGGGAGGAGGAGGACAGUGCGUUGUGUGCUGAGAGUCCUUCGAAGAAGGUAGCUAAACCGGAUCCUACAAACGCUGUAACAGUGAGCGGAGAGGAACGAUCUUUAGCCGGUGUGACUACCACCGAGAACGGUGGUGGCAGUGAGGAAUGUGAGGAAGAAGAGAUGGAGAACGUGGAGUACAAUUUGGACGAAGAGUACAAGAGCCUGGGACCAAUCGUGCCACCGCCGGACAUUAUACAGAAAAGCGUUCCCCACCCACCGAUAACUCCACCGAAGAAUGGCAAAAUUCCUUACAACAGCCUGUCGUUCAAGGAGCUGAUGCAGCUUAACGAAACGCCUAAAAUUGUGCAGGAAGCAAAGGCGGCAAAGCCCGCGAAGACGGGACCGGGUGCGGAGACCGUACCGAGUGGGAGAAAUUACGAACAUUUCCUGGACGAUUCGGGCCUCUGCUCGAAGCCCAUCAUUCUGCCAAGGAAGAAGCGUGUGUACUAUUCCGGACCGUUCGUAUGAUGGGCACCAGCUUGUUUGGAGCAGUUGGAUAGCAAAGCAUGGAGCGCGAAGUAAUAGUUUAUUUGUUGUUCGAUUUGUAGGUAUAUACUGUCCGCUAGAUCGUGCUUCGUAACGGCACGCCGUAUCGGAUGCAAGAAAGCGGCAGAUUAGAACGAUUUAAUAUCUUCAUGCGAAACGUUUCCUAGCGAGAGAGACAUGAUCCCCCAGUGCAUAAUUGAAUAAGUGAAUGAGAGCAAUAGGGAUAAGCUUUCCUCCCGCCGAAAUCGCCUUGACCCUAGACCUAGAGAGAGGUGCCAACUGUGCCAACAUUUGAGUACGCUAGUUGCAUUUUGCAGAACAGUGCAUGAUUUGCAUGACAGAUUGAUCUUUUCCUUUUCCUGGCCGAAAAGGUUUAAUGCUCGUUUCUUGUAGCGUUUGGUCCGUUUCCGUUUUAUUGCAGUGCAGUCCUCGGGAGGAGGAGGAGGUGUAAAUGAAGUCAUAAGUGGCAUGGCCGAGAGACGUUCACAGUUCAUUCACGAGUUAAUCGGAUUGCAUACCGUGGCUCAUCUACCUUGGCAUUUGGUGAUUGAAUUCUGCACCCAUGUCACGUCCCAUCGUUCAUCGGUCGUCCGUCCGUAAUCGGAUGGCGUUAAUUAGAUCAAGUCUGCUUGGCCGCGCCCGUCCACACUUUGUCUUUCGCCGUCAUAGUCGUCGUUUAUGCAAAUGCGGUCAAGCACGAGCCCAUCGGACAGCUCCGAUUAAAUAGUCCCGAACGUGUCGGUUCAACCCUGACGCGUGAUGGUUGCGUUAAUAAUGGUUCGGCUCACUGGCGUUGGGACGUGGACCGGGUGGAAAUAAUACGGUUAAAAUAUUGAUGCACCAAUAUGAAUGGAACGAAAGUGACGAACGAACCUAAUUGCAUACGCGCUGAAUUGUUAAUGCAAUCAUGCAUAUAACAGUGCAGUGGAAAAAAUAGGACUGGCAACGGUAGCAACUUUAAAUAGACGUCAUCGUUUCGAUUUUGGGAAAGGAAUUUCGUUUGUGUUCAAGGAUAGCUGGCGGCGUUGGCAGCGUGCGUGUGUAUGAGAAAGAAAAUCACUAUUUACAAACAAUUAGAAAUUAGAGCUAAUGCAUUGAGCAAUGGGCGACUAAUGAAACACACAGCUCAACGUCUGUUCAUCUGUAACGUAUUCCGCGCACGAUAGGGACUGGUGUAUAAAUGUCUAGGAAAUAGCUUACAUUUUUGAUAGACACACAGCAUAUCGCAGUGGUGGAAUUGGUUACUUUCCCACCCUUUACUCCCUUUACCCAGUCGUAGCCAGCUUGCCAACAGCUGUGUUCGAUGGAAUUAGUUUUACACGCCACCGUCUACUACCCACCAGGUCUAAUGGCGGAAUAAUGGUUCCGCUGUUCGGUCGCAGAAAAAAGCUACACACAUUCAACAAUCGGAAAUAAAUUCUGCAGGAGAAAAUAUUAUUUAUUCGCUUACAUGAUAAA